CCUCUACGUGCACGGCAGGUCUGAAUUUCCUGUUGGUAUUCACAAAGAUGCUUUUUAUUUUUAACUUCUUGUUUUCCCCACUUCCGACCCCGGCCCUGAUCUGCCUCCUGACAUUUGGAACGGCUAUCUUCCUGUGGCUGAUCAACAGACCUCAGCCAGUCUUACCUCUCAUUGACUUGGACAACCAGUCUGUAGGGAUUGAGGGAGGAGCACGGAGAGGCGCUUUCCAGAAGAACAAUGACCUAAUCCUUUAUUACUUCUCAGACGCCAAGACGUUGUAUGAAGUUUUCCAAAGAGGACUUGCUGUGUCUGACAAUGGACCUUGCUUGGGAUACAGAAAGCCGAACCAGCCCUACAAGUGGAUAUCCUACAAGCAGGUGUCUGAUCGAGCAGAGUACCUGGGCUCCUGUCUUUUGCAUAAAGGAUACAAGCCAUCGCAGGACCAAUUUAUUGGCAUCUUUGCUCAAAAUAGGCCAGAGUGGGUCAUCUCCGAGUUAGCCUGUUACACAUAUUCCAUGGUAGCUGUCCCCCUGUAUGACACACUGGGAGCAGAAGCCAUCAUCUAUGUCAUCAACAGAGCUGAUAUCUCCGUCGUGAUCUGUGAUACACCCCAAAAAGCAACAAUGCUGAUAGAAAAUGUGGAAAAGGACCUUACCCCAGGCCUGAAGACAGUCAUCCUCAUGGACCCUUUUGAUGAUGACCUGAUGAAACGAGGAGAGAAGUGUGGCAUUGAGAUGUUGUCCCUGCAUGACGCUGAGAAUCUAGGCAAAGAGAACUUCAAAAAACCAGUGCCUCCGAACCCAGAGGAUCUAAGUGUUAUCUGUUUCACCAGUGGAACUACAGGUGACCCCAAAGGAGCUAUGCUGACCCAUCAAAAUAUCGUUUCAAACAUGGCUGCUUUCCUCAAAUUUCUGGAGCCUAUCUUCCAGCCCACCCCUGAGGAUGUGAGCAUAUCCUACCUUCCCUUGGCCCAUAUGUUUGAGAGGCUUGUCCAGGGUGUCAUAUUUUCCUGUGGAGGCAAAAUUGGGUUCUUCCAAGGAGAUAUCCGGUUGCUACCUGAUGACAUGAAGGCUUUGAAACCCACAGUGUUUCCCACAGUGCCUCGACUCCUUAACAGGGUCUACGAUAAGGUACAAAAUGAAGCCAAGACACCUUUGAAAAAGUUCUUAUUGAACUUGGCUAUCAUCAGCAAAUUCAACGAAGUGAGAAAUGGCAUCAUUCGGCGGAACAGUUUGUGGGACAAGCUCGUGUUUUCAAAGAUCCAAAGAAGCCUGGGUGGGAAGGUUCGUCUCAUGAUCACUGGAGCCGCCCCCAUCUCCACUCCAGUCUUGACGUUCUUCAGGGCUGCAAUGGGAUGCUGGGUGUUUGAAGCUUAUGGCCAAACAGAAUGCACAGCUGGAUGUUCAAUUACAUCACCUGGGGACUGGACAGCAGGUCAUGUUGGGACUCCGGUGCCCUGCAAUUUUGUCAAGCUGGAAGAUGUGGCUGACAUGAACUACUUUUCAGUAAACAACGAAGGCGAGAUCUGCAUCAAAGGCAACAAUGUGUUCAAAGGCUACCUAAAGGACCCAGAGAAGACACAGGAAGUACUGGACAAGGAUGGCUGGCUUCACACUGGGGACAUCGGUCGCUGGCUUCCAAAUGGAACUCUGAAAAUCAUUGACCGGAAGAAGAAUAUUUUCAAAUUGGCACAAGGAGAAUACAUCGCUCCAGAGAAGAUUGAAAAUGUUUAUUCCAGGAGCAGACCAAUAUUGCAAGUUUUUGUCCAUGGGGAGAGCUUACGGUCAUUCCUGAUAGGAGUGGUGGUUCCUGACCCAGAGUCACUUCCCUCAUUUGCAGCCAAGAUCGGGGUAAAGGGAUCCUUUGAAGAACUGUGCCAAAACCAGUGUGUAAAGAAAGCCAUUUUAGAAGACUUGCAGAAAGUUGGGAAAGAAGGUGGCCUUAAAUCCUUUGAGCAGGUCAAGAGCAUCUUUGUGCAUCCGGAGCCGUUCUCUAUUGAAAACGGGCUUCUGACACCGACACUGAAAGCCAAACGAGUGGAGCUUGCCAAGUUCUUCCAGACACAAAUCAAGAGCCUCUAUGAGAGCAUCGAGGAGUAACUUAAGUUGCUGAGCUGGAAGCGGUGGGGGAAGAAGCGGAAACUAUGUCCAGCGAACUUUUCCAGUAAAUGAAGCAAUCACUAAAGGACUGUCCUGAGUUGGGAGCAAAGCAACGUGGACGAGCUCGAUGCGAUGCGUGCACUGCAGGCGUCUUCUGUGAUGGAAGCUCUGGAUCUUUCUCCUUGGACUUCAGUCCCCGCAGUAUUUUGCUGCCAGAUAGCAUGUGGUGCCUCUACCUGUAAAUGUCAGAUCUUUGAAAUAAACUAUUACAGAUAUUA